AUGGGCGCACACACAACUUCAACUAUACUUGUUCUUUUCUUCAUGUUUCUUACUCUUUCUUCAUCCGAUAAUCAUGAAGGAAACAGUAAAUACUACAAACCAUGCAAACGCCUAGUCUUGUAUUUCCAUGAUAUUCUUUACAAUGGCAAGAAUGCAGCCAAUGCAACAUCAGCUAUUGUGGGUGCUCCCCAAUGGGGCAACCGUACAAAUUUGGCUAACCAGAAUCAUUUUGGGGAUGUGGUGGUAUUUGAUGACCCUAUUACCUUAGACAAUAAUCUUCAUUCCCCUCCGGUUGGUCGAGCCCAGGGUUUAUACUUGUAUGACACCAAGAAAGCCUUCACAGCAUGGUUCGCGUUUUCGUUCAUUCUUAAUACUACGGAUUAUCAUGGAAACUUCCAUUUGAUUGGGGUAGAUGCAACCUCAAUGAAGAUUCGAGAUAUAUCAAUUAUUGGUGGGACCGGGGACUUCUUUAUGCACAGAGGCAUUGCAAGUAUUACGGCUGAUGCAGUUGAAGGCGAAGUGUAUUUUAGGCUUCGUGUUGACAUAAAGUUCUACGAGUGUUGGUAA